AUGUCCGACCUCAAAGCAUCCGUCGCUGAGACAGCGGCUGGCUUCCACGUGGAAGGCUACGAGAAGAUCGAAUAUGACUUCACUUUCAUCGACGGGGUCUUUGACACCUCAAGAAGCGAGCUCGCCGAUUGUUAUCGACGAUGGGGCCGCUGCCUUGCUGUCAUGGACUACAACAUCUUCAACGUCUACGGCGAGCAAAUGCAGAAGUACUUCGACCAAUACAAGAUUGACCUUGAUGUGCACAAGACCAUGAUUGGUGAAAAGGCCAAGUCCAUCGACACUUUCUUGAGCAUUGUCGACUCCAUGAAUAAGUUUGGGAUCUUUCGAAAGGAACCCGUACUCGUCAUUGGCGGUGGACUUGUUACAGACGUUGCCGGUUUCGCAUGUGCGGCGUAUAGGCGGAACACGAACUACAUCCGCAUCCCUACAACGGUCAUUGGCCUGAUUGACGCGUCGGUUUCCAUUAAGGUUGCUGUCAACUACGGAAACUACAAGAACCGGCUUGGUGCCUAUCACGCCCCGAUGCACACCUUCCUCGACUUCACGUUCCUCCGCACUCUCCCGGAAGCGCAAAUCCGCAAUGGAUUCGCUGAGCUAAUCAAGAUCUCCACUUGUGCUCAUCUUCCGACGUUUGAGUUGCUCGACAAGUAUUGCGAACAGUUGAUCGGAACCGGUUUUGGCCGAGCCGAUGGUGCGCCGAAGGAGGUUCGUGAUGCUGCCGACGCCAUCAACCGGGCGGGCAUCCAUGAGAUGUUGAAGCUGGAGACACCGAAUCUGCACGAGAUCGGGCUUGACAGGGUCAUUGCAUACGGCCAUACAUGGUCACCCCUUCAUGAGCUUGUUCCGGAGGUUCCACUCCGUCAUGGUCAUGCUAUCAGCAUUGACAUGGCAUACUCCGCCACCUUGGCCAACAUGCGAGGCAUUCUGCCUGACGAGGACCACAAGCGACUGCUGAACUUGUUCUCCCGAGCAGGAUUGUCCAUGGAUCACCACCAAUUCGAUGAAGAAAUUCUCGACAAAGCUACAAAGGCGAUUCUGAGAACUCGCGAUGGCAAGCUCCGAGCUGCUGUACCAGCCCCGCUUGGGAAAUGUGUCUUCCUAAAUGACGUUUCGAUGGACGAAAUGUUUGCGGCUCUGAAGCAUCACAAGUCCAUCAUGCAGAACUAUCCACGCAACGGCGAAGGUCUUGAGGCUUUCGUCGAUGCUAGCGACACGGGUUACACCGUCAACAACAAGCCGGUCGAAGCCGAGACCAAUGGCGUCUCCAAUGGGCUCAAGAAGCUCAACGUGUUGAACGACGAUACCCACAAGAGCGGGUCACAAACGAACGGCCAUAGUGACGCUGAUGGCAAGCACACCAACGGUGUGUCAGCCGCUGUAAAGCAUGCAUCAGGACCCGAAGGUGUGAACGGCUUGGGCAAUGGGACGACGGAUGACACAUCAAAUGGUCUCGCCGAUGGUGUUGCCAAUGGGAUAAAUGGACACCGCAACGGGAUCAAAGUCCAGGGAUAG